ACGAGCAACAGGAGUCAACAGCGUAGAGACAGACCCCUUGUUUUCCGACCCAGGACAGAGAGGAAGCGCGGUGACGCGCUCCCCCGCUAUUUUCUUUACGUCCUCGGCGCGCCCCAACGGGCUGGAAAAGAGCGUGGUUGCCUGCUGUGUCAUCGCCGCGCGAUACCCGAGCGUGUGUCAAGGCUCGAGAGGGAGAGAGCGCCAACGACAACUCCGUGGGUGGCGAAUCCCUCGAGAAAAGCUCAAUCGCACUCAAACACCUGCUCAGCCGAGCGCCGUUUGGGGGAGCCUUACACCUCGUCGUGCAGGUCAACCGAAUUAGGCGCCUCUGUUAAGCUCUCCGGAAGCACACGACGAGUAAUUACCGUCGAAAAAGCUCCACGAUGGCCGAUAACAGCAACGGAACAGUGUCCCCAGCCAUCCCGCACGAGGCGAUCAUCCCGAUCGUCUUCGACGGCAAGCAGCACUUCCCGGGCAAGCAGCAGUUGGCCUCUUCACGCCAGGUCUUCGAGAUGGUCGAGCGCAAGGAGCCACUGGUUCCCUUGGACGACGACCCUCUGCAGCGGGAAUGGGAUGAGUUCAUCGAAGACUUCCCGCAGUGCAGCAGAUACCUGGAACCGGACUUCAUCGACCGCAACUUCCCGGCGCUGAGCAAAAGACUGUCCGGCGACGCCACGGCAGACGCGAGCGGCGGCGAAGAGAAAGUGGUCGUUUACGACGUGGACGUCAAGCAGUUCCGGCCGGACGACAUAAACGUCUGGGUAAAGGACGGCAACGUAUCCGUGGUGGGACGCACCGAGAAGGUCCUCAACGGCGGAGGAAAGUACGUCAAGGAGGAACUGCUGGGAGGAAUCCGGGUACCCGCGGACAUCGAAGCCGACGACGUCGUGCUGGAGACGACGCCCGAUCUCCGACUGAAGAUCUCGAGGCCUGAUUCGCGGCCGGGAUCGGCCAUGUCGUCGGCUUCGUCCUCGGCACCUUCGUCGGCGGAGAACUCGCUUGCCGAGAGGUGAAGCGGCGGUGUGUCGCUUCACUUGGUGACAGAACAAUCCGCGCAAGGCGGCAAUUGGUUCCGCGCAGCGUUGUUCAAGGAGAACAGGCCGCAGCACACGCGGAACAGGGUGGAGGCUUUCGCGGAGGCACUACGUAGCUGUGGCUAGGGAGAGCUGAAAGUAUCCGUUUCUCACAUUUUAUUUUUUAAUUUAACGGCGACUCCCAACGCCAAACAGCUGAGUAUCAUUGCGCUCUCUUUAUGCGCAGAUCAUUAGGCGAGGCAGGUCCUGCCAGACGGGCACAGGUUUCUGCCCUGUUCGUUAACUUCUAUAGUGUCCCUAGUGUCCUGUAUCUCCAGUUGCGACUGAUGUAUCUCCUCUAUAGAAAUAUGAUACUGUUUUCGCUGAUAGCGCAUUUUGAAAGCGGCAUUUUUAUUAUAUGUUGUAAGGUGAAUGUCGAGCUUCUUGAGGACCAAGACUGUGUUUAACGUGUGCUUACUCGCUGUCGGAUGUACUUGUGUGAAUAAAGAUACCACAACUCUCUUUCAUUC